GAUCUCCACGUCUUCUGCAAGGAGGAAGUAGUAAACAACGAGUUGCCGACGAUUUCAUCAUGCGUUGAUUUGUCACUUGUUCCACUUCCGUUUCUCGUAGAUACUACAGACAUUUUCUUUCAGCAAUACCCGUACCUGGAUCUGGUCCCCGAAGUAUACAAGCGAUCACUCUACGGUGUUGAUGAUGGAUUCACGUUCAAAGGAUUCCGAGGGUUGCGUGGCAAACGGAUGCCCUACAUGAAUCUCAAGGGACUACGUGGAAAAAGAACGCUUUAA